AUGUGUUUGGACAAUGCCUGGGCUACCAAGGCUGCCAUUCACGAUGCUGCUGGCAUCAAGGACCCUUGGAACGCGUCGGACGUGUCGGUGCCGUGCUGGGCCCUGCAGGGUCGACCUUGUCAGGACCUUGAUUCGCCCCGGGUGGCGCUGGACGCGGAAAUUCACGCGGACAGCUUGCCCCCAGCUGAAGAGGAGCUGCAGCCUAAGGGCUUCUUCGGCCGUGCUUGGGACCAGCUCUUCGGGAUCCUUAGCCUAGACCUCG